UUCAUUGUGAAGUUGUACGGCGCAACACUUCUUAAAGAAAAGGGUGAAUCAAGACCAAUACUUGUCAUGGAACUCUGUAAGUAGAACUUGAUGAAGCACAUUUUUGGAAGUCGGAACCGUGUACCUGGCUUUUCUACAACAACUUCUGCCGCUGCAAAAAACGUGAUCGGAUGGGCAAAAGACAUCGCUAAUGCUCUGGAAUUUAUGCAUAGUAAGGGAAUUAUUCACAGAGAUCUCAAACUGGAAAACACAUUGUUGUCGCAUGAUGACGUUGUCAAGGUAGCCGAUGUCGGCCUAUCGAAAGAGGAAGACAUGAUCACAUGUACUCAAAUGGGAACUCCUCACUACAUGGCUCCAGAGGUGGCCUCCUUCAGACACUACGACCGCAAAGCGGAUAUAUAUAGCUUUGGUGUCAUGCUAUGGGAGAUGUGGUAUGGUAAGAGAGCCUUUGAAGGCAUUCAUGCAGACGAGCUACAUGAACGAGUGGUUCUAGGUAUAAGACCGGAGCAUGUUCAAGACAGGACGGAGCCUCCAAAUGAAUGGCAAGGUCUGAUGCAGCGUUGCUGGGAUGGAAGACCAGACUGUCGACCGCACUCCACAGCAUGUCACGAGGAGUUAACCAGACUCUACGAAGAAGCAAAUAAGCCAGUAUUAGCACACCAAUCAGCCCACCCUCUCAACUAACCCUCCUUCUCUAAUAUACCAACUGUACUGAAUUUUUUUUUUUAUGUGAAAUGUCGUCUCUAGCAAACCCCCCUACCUCCUCUACCAAAAUCAAAAACUUUUGAAAAUUUAAUUUCACUCAGUAAUUUUUGUGAAACAGGGUUACAUUGCAAAAACUACUUGUAUUUGAAGGCCUCCAUCAAAAUCCAUUUUAAAAUAAUUUUGUAUAGGUUUUUUACACAAAGAAAUGAAUACUGUAAAUUUUCUUCGGUAAGAAAUGAAGUCGGAAUUAAAAAAAAAAU